GGAAACGAUAGAGAUAGCCCUUGUAGAUAAACUCACGUGGACAAAGAAUAUGCAAACAUGGCACCUCUGAUUCGCAUACCGAAGAGACUAAGAUCGACUGACGCAUUUCGCCCAUUUUUCUUCACCCCUUCAAUGUGCCUUCUUGCAGCUAUGUCAGCCUUAUUGGCGAACGUGGAGUACUCCACUUCCCCGUCUUUGGGGUUAAAAGGGUUCCUGCAUAUAAUUAUUAGUCGAUAGCUAGCCGUAAUCGACGUUGACUGAAAUCCGAGAAGAGCAAGCAAUAACAAAAGGAAGAGAAGGAGACAGAAAGAAAAAGGGAGAACAGCAUGUAAUGGUUAGCUCAAGGGACUUUGUCUGUCUCUCCUUGCCAUAUCCUUCGCAGUGCUUAUCUUCCCCGCUAAAAGUUUACA